GUUUUGAUAACGAAUUAGGGAAGUUUCUUCUUUUCAUUUUCGACCUUCACGACUGAUCCUUUGCCAUAAUGAAGUUUGCUCAACACUUGCAAGAGAAGCGACACACGCCGUGGUUGCAAUACUAUACGGACUACAAGGAACUCAAAAAGGUUCUAAAGCGACUCGAAAAAGAACAUAAGACACACUCUCAAACCUUUCCCAUCUUGGAUUCACUACCCCCAGCGACCCGAUUCACACACAAGGCUAUUCAAGACGAGUUCUUUAACCAAUUAGAACAGGAGGUGGAUAAGGUGGAAUGGUUCUACUUGGUCAUAUUAGAGAAGGUUCAGAAGCAGUGCCAAGAAGUGAUGGCAAACUGGUUUUGGGCGACGCAUCAUCGACCGCAUCACGCUCACCAUCAAGAUACGGCUCCUUCCCCACCACCGUCCCUAAUCUCUCACCACCUUCACAACCUUCUGACCACGAUCACGAGAAUGCAAGCAAACUUCCUACCCCUCAAUCGCCUUGCAAUAGCCAAAAUUCUUAAGAAGCACGACAAACUUGAAUCGACGCAUGGUGGGGCAGCAACGAAACAGGCUAUGGUGGAGAGAAUACGUCAACACAGGAGGUUCUGGGAUGCGGACGAAUUGAAUAAGGUGGCGGCGGAUGUAAAAAGCUUUAGGUGGGAAUUGAAUAAGGCAAGGAUUAGAUUGGAAAGCGACAGUGUCCUGUGAUCCACCUGCCACCCGUUGUACAGGAUAUUGUAUAUUUUUGUUGUAAAUAUGAAAGAGAUGAAAGACCUUGCUCAUCACGG